UUCCAAUAAUACAACUAUUGUGAUUAUUGCUUUAACAAUGAGCAGUCGCGGUGCUGCUGCUUCACGAGAUCAAUACAGUGAUUCGUUUCUUGACGAUUUGAUAUCGCGCUUUCGUCGUGAUGUAGACCGUGCAUUUUCUGACCUUUGGGGUGAUACAAAUCGUUCUUCUACGACAGGUAUUCGUUUUGGUGUUUGGACACCUCGUGUUGAUGGCAAUGUAGUCGUUAGUGGCGAAAAUAAACCAGAUGAUACAUAUAAUACUGGAACUGCGUGGACAAGAGAACGUCGUUUUGGUCGUUUUAUGGUGAAUCAAUGA